UGUGUUGCGCCUGUUCUGCAGCUUUGCAGGUUUCAGUCCGCAGCCUGAAACCUGCGCUAACAGACGCGUGUCUCCGCGCGCACAGCUCGAGCUCCACAGUUUGGGAGCAGUCACAGCUGCAGGUCUCAUGAUGCCUCUGCGGCAGCAGCUCCGGGACGAGAGUGACUUCGACCAGCUGCCGGACGACGUCCCCAUCAGCGCCACCAUCGCUGAUAUCGAGGAGAAAAAAGGCUUCAUCGACUACUUUAGAUUUGUGAUUGAGGUGAAGACGAAAGGAGCAAGCAAGUAUCUGAUCUACAGGAGAUACCGAGAGUUUUUCAACCUGCACCAGGUGCUGGAGGCCAGAUACUCGCCUGAAGUCCCAGACAAACCUGGACCCAACACCAUCAUCCUGCCGUCUCUUCCAGGAAAAGUCUUCAUGGGCGUCAAGCAGGACAUCGCAGAGAGCAGAAUCCCUGAGCUCAACACGUACAUGAAGGGGCUGCUGGGUCUGCCGACAUGGUUCCUGCUGGAAGAGGCUCUCCGGAUGUUUUUCUACCAGACGGAACUGGACAGCAAACAUCAACCUCUGGCCCUGAGGCGUCUGCGUCCACAGACCCGCAAAGUAAAAACAGUCAAACCAAAGAUGGACCUCUUCUCCUCCCCGAGGGCAGAGGCGAUGUUUGACUUUCGCGGCAACGACAAGGCAGAGUUGAACCUGAAGAGGGGAGAGGUGAUCUUCCUGCUGCGACGAGUCAACGCCGACUGGCUGGAGGGCACGGUGAACAAUCAGACGGGCAUUUUCCCAAAAUCCUUCGUGAAGAUCAUAAAGCCCCUCCCAGAGAGCGAAUCAGAAGGUGAAGGUGGAGCUCACACCUACAGCUACCUGCGCUGCUUCCUGCUCACCCCCUCUGGAGUCGCCACCAGAGACGUGUGUGUCCAGGAGGACCUCACCAUCCAGCCGUCAUACAAGGAGCUACUGUCCCGCAUGAGAAACGUCUUCAAGGAGGACGACAUCGCCGUGAACUACCGAGACCCCGAGGGCGACCUCAUCCGCAUCCUGGACGACGAGGACGUCCAGCUGAUGAUCAAGGAGAGCUGCGUUCAGCAGGUCAAUGACAAGAGACCUGUCAAUCAGUUUCCAUGGGAACUGCAUGUGACCAUGACCUCUGACCUCUCUGUUUACAACACCGAGGCCUGAGAGAGAAGAACUGAGGUUCAUUCCAUGGAGGUAGAGAAACUGUUUGACACUUACUGAGAGUUAACGUCCUUUACAUUUCACAUUUCUACUAAUUUAAUGACAUCUUCACAUUUUACAAGCUUAAGAUUUGUUCUUACUCUGGAGAAGCUGAGCAGCACCGAGCUUGUUGUAGAUUUAAAACCAACCCGGGAGUCUCGGCUCAGCCUGGAGAAAAUAUCUCCGAGUACAGAAAAUUGAAUAUGUAAAAAAAUUAUAUUACUUCAAACAGGUCAGAGGUUUUCUGACUCAGCUUGAAGCUACUUUUAUAUUGAAACUUUUCUCUUGUUAAUAAAAAGCUGUUCACAUUCA